AUGAUAAAUCCAUCGGCCAAAAAUGAGUCAUGCCAUGCGCCUUGCUGGUUCCAUGACGACUGUCAAGUGUGCAUCAAUGAGCAGUGCAUGUGGUGCCCAUCAACGAAAAGAUGUGUCUCCAUGGAUGCCUAUAUGAUCAGCUUCCCAUACGGGCAAUGCCAGUCAUGGAUUACUGCUACGAACACAAUCAGUAAUCAACACGCUUGUCAGAUGGAUCCAUCGGAUUGUUCGAAACAGAAGACAUGUGCGGAAUGUCAUCGUGUGGGGCCGAAAUGUGGUUGGUGCGAUGAUGGUUCAGGCACAGGUUUGGGACGGUGUUUACCGGGUAGUCUGGAAUCUCCGACUAACCAGACGGCAUGUCCCAAGGACGGCAAGUCAAAGUGGUACUUUACAAACUGCUCAGCUUGCCAGUGCAAUGGGCAUAGCAACUGCACGGUGAGACGACGCUCGCUUGAAUGGAACAUCGAAGAGCAGAACUGUACACACUGUGAACAUAACACAACCGGUGAACACUGUCAGUACUGUGCUGAUGGCUUCUAUGGUGAUCCUCGAAACGGUGGGAAAUGUGAAGAGUGUUUCUGUAAUGGGCAAGCGACAGCAUGUAAUAGGGAAACUGGUGACUGCUAUUGUACUACAAAAGGUGUGACUGGCAAAAACUGUAGCAAGUGCGAGCCGAAGUAUUACGGUGAUCCUGAAAAUAAUCAGUUAUGCUACUAUGAGCUGACGGUGGAUUUUAUUUUUACCUUCAAACUUGAUCAGGAUGAUCCAAAAGAUAAAUAUGUCAAUCAAAUCAAUUUCUUCAGCACACCACACAAGAAAGAUACUGAUGUUCAGUUCACAAUAGUAUGCGAAUCGCCAAAAUUGGAGAAGGCACUGGUUUCGAUGAGUAUUAAUUCAUCAGUUUUCGAGGGACAUCCUGGCACGAAUAAAUUGCUGAUGACAAGAACCGUCUGCGACGAGAAUGGAAUUCGACGAACCUACAGUGCUAAUGCUGAGCCGGGAUUCGUUUUCGGAACUGAUGCCAAUACAACGUUUUUGGUUAAGGUUUACAACUUUUCCACUCCAAUCAAAAUUCAGAUUUCGUUCUCGCAGUCACCUCCGAUAAAUUGGGUCCUAUUUUUUGUGAUUUUUGCAGCGUGUUUUGUUGUUCUCCUUGUUGUUGCGGGUUUAUUGUGGAUGAUCAAAUUACGCAUUGAAGUAUUCCGAAGAAAUCAGAGGCGCUACGAUGAAAUUGAGCAAAUGGCUUCUCGCCCAUUCGCUUCCGUGAGGCUCGAACUCACAUCUCCUCAGGCCAAUUUGAUGGCUACUCCGAUAUCGGUUGAACCGUGCAGUAACUACCGAUCCGGAAUAUUUACACUGGCUGUACGUUUACCGACCGGUGGUCGACAGUUCACACCCCAUGGUACAUCCGGUUUAGCAGUAGCGUCAGCACUGUGUCUGUUGACGCAAGCGCAGCUGGGUAUCCUACAAGCACCGGAAACCAGUGACUCUCAGCACAAUCGUAAGACAACAUUGAUGCGAUAUAUUCCAUUCAUCCGUUCCUGA